AUGGCGGGGCAAACAAUUAAUGAUCGUCUUUUAGCAGCAAAACAUAGUUUAGCGGGUCAGGGUCUUGCAAAGUCAGUAUGUAAAGCUACAACUGAAGAAAUGUUAGGACCUAAGAAAAAACAUUUGGACUAUCUAAUCCAUUGUACUAAUGAACCCAAUGUAUCUAUACCGCAAAUGGCUAAUUUAUUGAUAGAGAGAUCACAGAAUACAAGUUGGAUAGUGGUGUUUAAGGCUUUGAUUACAACACAUCAUAUUAUGUGCUAUGGUAAUGAAAGAUUUACUCAAUAUUUAGCAUCAAGCAAUGUUUCCUUCCAACUUUCAAAUUUUGUUGACAAAACAGGUGUUCAAAGUGCUGUAGGAGCACGAACUGGCUAUGAUAUGUCACCAUUUAUUAGAAGGUAUGCUAAAUAUUUAAAUGAAAAAGCUUUAUCAUAUAGAUCAGUUGCUUUUGAUUUUUGUAAAGUAAAAAGAGGAAAGGAAGAGGGUACUCUAAGAACAAUGAAUACAGAAAAUCUCUUAAAAACCCUGCCUAUUUUACAAAAUCAAUUAGAUGCUCUUCUUGAAUUUGACUGUACUGCUAAUGAUCUCACUAAUGGAGUAAUAAACAUGUGUUUCAUGUUGCUGUUUCGUGAUCUCAUCAGACUUUUUGCCUGUUAUAAUGAUGGAGUAAUCAAUUUACUAGAAAAAUAUUUUGAAAUGAAUAAAAAACAAUGUAGAGAAGCUUUAGAUUUGUACAAAAAGUUUUUGAUAAGGAUGGACAGAGUUGCUGAGUUUCUUAAAGUAGCUGAAAAUAUAGGAAUUGACAAAGGUGAUAUUCCAGAUCUUACCAGAGCUCCAAAUAGUCUUUUAGAUGCUCUGGAACAACACUUAGCAUCAUUGGAAGGAAAUACACCAACAGCUGCCACAACACAAAAGAAUGUCAAGUCUGGUGUGUCUGCAUUGUCAAACACAAGCAAUGCCUUUGGUACUGCAGUUGAUGACUCAUUUAAGCAAGCUGCAGUGGCUGAAGAGGAGGCAGCAUUGAAUCAUUAUAGAGCAUCUGUAGGCUCUCCAUCUGCAGCAAGUACAAACCCCUUCCUUAGUGAUGAACCAACAGUAACUGGUGAACCAAUCUUAGACCUCUUCUCCAGUGGUUCUGCUCCAGAGGCUGCUAGGCCAGCUCAAUCUUCCAAUGCCCUUGAUGAUCUCCUUUCCCUAGGUGGUAAUCCUUUUGCUGACUUUUCUGCAGCCCCUGUAGCAACAACAGCAGCACCUCUAGGCCAAGAUGCUUUUGGAUCAACUACUGCAACUACUGACAAUAACAUGUGGGGUACCAAUGGUUUUGGUGGGAACAAUCUAUUUCAAGCACAGCCUAUUCAAGCUCAGCCUUUUGGAAAUGCCAAUGAUCUUAGUGGGUUGUUCAAUACAAAUGAGCCAUCAGUGUUUGAUCCUUUAGGUGACUCUAAAACGAUGAGUGCCCAAAUCAUACAGCAGCAACCAGUUGCAGCUCAGCCUCCAAAAGCCGCACCUGCAAAACUGCUUACUGGAGAUUUGGAGUCCAGUUUAACAUCAUUAGUGGAUAAUUUGACAAUGGAUUCUGGUAGUAGAGGCCCUCAAUGGAAUUCCCUAAGAAACCAAGCAAAGCCAGCUGGCGGCUGGCCUGCUCAGCCGAUGACAGCACCCGGAUACCGACCAGUCGGACAAGCGAUGGCCCAGCCUAUGAUGAACUCAACAACCGAUGAUGGGACAAGGGAUGAUGGGCCAACCCGUCAUGGGCCAAACGAUGCAACCGAUGAUGGGGCAAGUGAACCAAUUCGCGGCCAUGCAACAACCCGUGAUGGGCAGUCCUAAGAUGAACGCCGGAGCUCCACAACAGCAGCAACAAGAGUUGACAAUGCCGAAGAAAUAUUCUAAUGAGACAUUACGUCAGCCCAAAAAAGCAAGGUCGU